AUGGAUUUUCGACAACCCUUUAAUUCUCAUAGCUCGUAUAAACAGAUUAUAAGCACGGGAGAUCAAACCGAGAAGACGAAGAAGAAGAAGAAGAAACUCUCGGUUCUUGACGAUGAAGACGAUCAUACUAACCACAUUGCUAAAACUCAGAGCUCUGGUUCUAGCUUUGAUGGACAUAGCUACAAGUUCUGGGAAGACAUUGCACCCGAUGAUCACUUGCGAAACCGAAAAAGCGGGAGUUUCGAUUUCCCGCAAUUCCGUGAGGAGAUCACACUCGAUGUGAACGACGAAACAGAGGAAACAGAGGAUAUAAGCAACAACAACAAUAUGUCUGGUUCGAAAGAAACGAGAGUCUCUUUCAAAAUCAACAGUUCAGGAACCAAUAAUAUGUCUGGUUCGGUACGUUCUUGUACGUCUUCAACUUCUUUUUCUUCGGCGACAAUGCGGAUGAAUUUAGAGCAGCAGUUGGAAGAGGAAGGAGAAGUAGUUGUAAGAUGUUCAUCGAUGAGGAAAUCAGAGCUGGUUUCGAGGGCGAAGGCGAGAUCGAGGUUGAUAGAUCCGCCACAAGAAGAGGAACAACAGUAUUCGAGUUGGAUCGGGACAUCGGAUCAGUUAAGAUCCGGUUUACUUGGGAGACAAUCAGAUGAUAUUGAGGAAGAAGAUGAUUCAUUAGCUGAGGAAGAUGUUCCACAAGAAUAUCGAAGGUUGAAAAUGGACGCUAUAACGUUGCUUCAAUGGCUGAGCUUGAUCGCAUUAGUAGUUGCGUUAGUGUUGAGUCUAGCGCUUCAUACCUGGAGAAAUGCAACUAUUUGGAGCCUUCAUCUGUGGAAAUGGGAAGUGGUCUUGCUGGUUCUUAUCUGCGGGAGGCUGGUUUCGGGAUGCGGAAUAAGAAUUAUUGUCUUCUUUAUCGAAAGAAACUUCUUGUUGAGGAAACGGGUUCUUUACUUCGUGUACGGUGUGAAGACGGCUGUUCAGAACUGUCUCUGGCUCGGCCUUGUGCUUCUCGCUUGGCAUUUCUUGUUUGACAAGAAAGUAGAAAGGGAAACACAGAGCGAUGUUCUUCUUCUCGUGUCCAAAAUCUUGGUGUGUUUCUUGUUGAGCACCGUCUUGUGGCUGAUCAAGACACUGGUGGUGAAAGUUCUAGCUUCUUCGUUCCACGUUAGUACCUAUUUUGAUCGGAUUCAAGAAGCUCUGUUUCAUCAUUACUUGAUUGAGACGUUAUCUGGACCUCCAAUGCUUGAGUUGAGCAGGAUUGAGGAAGAGGAAGAUCGGGCGCAAGAAGAGAUCCUCAAGAUGCAGAAAGGAGGAGCCGACUUAUCACCCGAACUUUGUUCCGCUGCGUUUCCUCAGGAAAAAAGCGGGAGUACAAUGAAUACAAAGUUCUCUCCAAUCAUCCCAAAGACGGGAACUGAUAAUGGAAUCACAAUGGAUGAUUUGAACAAAAUGAAUCAGAAAAACGUUUCAGCAUGGAACAUGAAAAGGCUGAUGAAGAUUGUGAGAAAUGUUUCGCUGACUACAUUGGACGAACAAGCGCUUCAAAACACAUCUGAAGAUGAAUCCACCCGACAGAUACGUAGCGAAAAAGAAGCUAAAGCAGCUGCAAGAAAGAUUUUCAAGAACGUAGCUCAACCUGGUACAAAACACAUCUACCUGGAGGACUUAAUGAGAUUUCUGCGAGUAGACGAGGCGAUGAAGACAAUGUGUCUCUUCGAAGGUGCAUUACUGACCAAAAAGAUUACCAAAUCAGCCUUGAAGAACUGGCUGGUCAAUGCUUUCAGAGAGCGAAGAGCACUUGCCUUGACACUCAAUGACACCAAAACAGCAGUGAACAAACUACAUCAUAUGAUUAGUUUUCUCACUGCCAUUGUCAUCAUAGUCAUAUGGUUAAUCCUUCUUGAAAUCGCCACUUCCAAGUAUCUUCUCUUUUUAACUUCACAAGUUGUACUCUUAGCCUUCAUGUUUGGGAACUCUCUCAAGACCGUCUUCGAGUCCAUCAUCUUCCUCUUCAUCAUUCACCCUUACGAUGUUGGUGAUCGGUUACUAAUCGACACUGUAGAGAUGGUGGUGGAGGAAAUGAACAUUCUGACAACAGUGUUUUUGAGAGCUGACAAUCUGAAGAUUGUGUAUCCGAAUAUUCUUCUGUGGCAGAAAGCAAUACACAAUUACCACCGUAGUCCGGACAUGGGAGAUGAAGUUACAUGCUGUGUCCACAUUACUACUCCUCCUGAAAAGAUUGCUGCAAUCAAACAAAGAAUAUCGAGCUACAUUGAUAGCAAGCCAGAGUAUUGGUAUCCAAAAGCUGAUAUCAUUGUAAAAGAUGUGGAAGACUUGAACAUUGUGAGGAUAGCAAUUUGGCUGUGUCAUAAAAUUAACCAUCAAAACAUGGGAGAGAGAUUCACAAGAAGAGCCUUGUUGGUCGAGGAAGUAAUCAAAAUCCUCCUCGAACUCGAUAUUCAGUACCGGUUUCAUCCACUUGACAUUAAUGUCAAAACCAUGCCAACAGUUGUCUCGAGCAGAGUUCCACCUGGCUGGUCACAAAACCCUGAUUCAGGGUAAUUAGAGAUGAUGAGUGUGCCUUUUCUUUCAGUGGAUAAAACAUUUUGAGUGUAAAAUCUGUUAUCUUAGGUGCAUGAGAGACAGCAAACUGUGUUUUAGUAUGAUGGUGUUGUAUAUAUAUGAAGGUGAAAGCAAAUAAGAGAUCAUAAACUUGUGUUAUAGAAAAACUUU